AAAUGGUUGGAUCACGUGACCACAUUCAACGCGUUUGAUGGGAACCGCACAUCGCUUGAUAAAAUAACUCAGCGCUACGUAUGCAGAUAUUGACGUUGGCCGCCAAAGCAGACCAUUAUACCCUACCAGACCAGAAUGAAUCGAACCACGAAGCUGAAAAUGACGGAAUUGAAUCCCCACUUGAUGUGUGUUUUAUGUGGUGGUUAUUUUAUUGAUGCCACGACCAUUAUAGAAUGUCUUCACUCGUUUUGUAGAACCUGCAUAGUUCGAUACUUGGAAACGAGUAAAUACUGUCCUAUUUGUGACACCCAAGUACAUAAGACCAGACCAUUAUUAAAUAUAAGAUCAGACAGAACGCUUCAAAGUAUUGUAUACAAAAUGGUACCAGGGUUAUUCAGAGAUGAAAUGAAGAGGAGACGAGACUUCUAUGCUGGUAAUACACACUCUGCCAGCACAAGUGCGGCUGCGCAGAGUGCUGAAGAACGAGGCGAGGUCGAUGAAAAUUUCCUUUACAAAGACGACGAAAAGAUAAGUUUGUCACUAGAGUACUACAUCGCUGCACAGAACGGACAUCGUACGGUGUCUAAUGGAGGAGGUAGUGAAAGCGGCGACAGCAGCAAAGACGAGAUGAAUGAUGUACGCUAUUUGAGAUGCCCAGCAGCAGUCACAGUGUACCAUAUCAAGAAAUUCAUUAGGCACAAGUUUGGGCUUCCUUCUUCAUUUGAGGUUGAUGUUUUAUAUCGGUAUCGUAACAGCGACGAUUCCCUAAUAGAUCAUUAUACUUUGAUGGAUAUUGCUUAUCUGUACGACUGGAGGAGAAAUAAACCAUUGGCUUUGAUGUACAGGGUACGGCAACCGUCGGUGAAGAGGCAGAAAACAUCUCACAUCCAAAAUGCAGUUCAUAUAGAGGUACAAAAAAGCCCUAUAACACCCAUUGACAAGGACAAUGUAGGCAAUGUGCCUGAAGACGCUACAAAGGUAUGCAAGUCGCCUUCACCGCCAAAGAAUAUCUCAGACGACAGUACUAGUGUUGAGAAGAAACCCAACGCCGUAGAAAUUGUAGUUUAGUUGUUCUUACACUCAAACUAGAAGUUUUUCUGGUCGCACUGACCUGGAUGUAGUUCUUAUAAGAUAACAGAAAUCGUCGGAAAUCGCGG